CCAGGGCCCCAUCCAACCUGGCACUGAGUGCCUCCAGGGAUGGGGCAUCCACAGCUUCUCUAGGCAGCCUGUUCAAGAAUGCUGUAGAGUCCAGAUGGUAAGGGAAAUGAUGGGACAGGUAGGUACGUGCAAGCAGUGAGGCUCCACUUCUGGGAUGAAAGAGUGUCCUGUUCUUCUGUGUGGUCCAACCUUCUACCUGAGGCUGUCAUGUACUGCAUGAUGGCUGAACAUUUGGGAUGUGGGAGAUGUAUGGUGUUCUGAGAGAGUAGACAAAGCAUGACACAGGACACAGGUGGGGAGAAUCAGAUGUGACAGUCAACUGUGGGUUACUGUUUGGGCACAAAACAUGAAGGUGGUAUAGUUAGGUGGUUAGUGGUGGCUUAGCACUAAACAGAAUGAGCAAUUGGUUAGGAAAUUGGCAUGAAGCAAAGAGAAGUAUCAACUAAUAAGUGAAAGUAGGGAGUUGAUUGUGGAACAAUUCUAAGCCUGCCAGCAUGAAAGGGAAGAUGCUUUUAUUCUCUAGAUGCCAGACCUUGCUUGCAGUCAGAACAAGACUGUUGCCUUCUGCGAGAGGAGCAGCAGGUCUCUAGCACUCACCUUGGAAAGCAGCAGCUUCUCCUUGGUUGGGGCAGUUUUAACCUCACUGACUUGGGGCUGAGGAGAGGAGGCUGUAUCAAGUCAGGUUUGUCUCACCAAGCCUUGUGGAUGACAGGCUACUCUGCUGCCGAAAUAGAUUUAGAGGAAGCGGAGAAAACAGCUCUUCCAGUUUUGAGGGGUUCCAGCAAUGUUUUUAUUUUCCUUUGUAAGUAUUUUGUCCUGGAUUUCUCCAUGAAAAGCCCACACAUACACUCUAGGAGUGGUGAAGCAUCCUUAAAUGCAUCAACCUUUAAAACCAGGAAAAGAAGUGAAGCUUAUUUUCUUCUAUUUUGUUGGAAGUUAACAUUCAGUCAGUGAUUGCUCAACACGUUACAAAAGCAAGUAUUGGGAAGCUAAGCAAUGCGCUAUGUGAAAUCAAAUAAAAAGAAAAAACAAACAACCCACAGGGUAUGGAAUGAAAGAAGUGACAUACCUAAAGAGCUUUAGUCCUGUCUUCUUUCUGUUCACCUCUCUCCAGCUGUAUAUUAGGGCUGUAAGGCCUGUUUGCAGUGACUUGGUGCUACAGGUGUGGGGCUGGUGGAGCCGUGUAAGGGCUGGCAGGCGGCUGCUGUGCCUUCAUCCAGCACGAGUGCACGUGUCCGAAUACCACAGCAGCUUGAUCAGCUUUCUGUUGGAAAUCAUAGGAGCUGCUCCAGUGAGAUAUUACAGUCGGUGUGAUAUCACACCAUUGGUGUAAUGGCUCUGUUUUGGUUCUUUUGUUUUUGUUUUCACUUAGCACCGAUCUCCAAGAAAGAUUAUUUGCAAUGAAUGUGACCUUUUUUCUAACUCAGAGCAUAAGAAUAGCUCAAGGGCUCAUAUUUUUCUCCCCUUGCUGGCUGCUCCUCAAACAACAAAAGAAAGACAGCAUUUGUAUUUUAAGUUAGAGUUAGCAAGGGUGGCAGUUUUGGGAUCUGGGAAUUUUCCCAUUGAGGUGGGGCUUUUGAUGGUGGUUUUUCCAGUCUUUUUUUUUUUUUUUUGUGGCAAAGGGGUCUUGGGAUCUUGGAUCUCACUGCACUGUUGUGAACUCUUAACACCUUAAUUGAAGGGGUGGAGAUGCUGAAGCAUUAACAAAGACCUCCUUUAUCCAAAAUGUUAAUCAAUCAUUGACGUUAAAUAAGUGUGAACAAAACCAACUAAAAAAAAACCCUAAACAAGUUUUUGUCUAAGUUCCCCCCCCCCUUCCUAUUCAGUUGCUCAGUCUUUGGUCAGGUUAGUGUUAGCAAUUCUUUUGGGGGUGUGCUUUAUCUAUGCGUACAUGCACGUGUUUUGACAGCGUGUGGUAAAAGUUAUGUUUCUGACUUCCCGGUAUGUAUCUUUUUCUUUCCGAGGCAAAUCAUUUGCUUCGUAGAUGCCAUAGAAUUGUUUUGAGAUAAGAUGUGCUCUGCUGUGAUGCGAGGGAAAUAGCAGGGAUAUGACAAUGCAGUUGUAACCAUUUUCUUGCGGGGGAAGGGUGCGUGCAUGGUGUCUUUUGGAGCUUUUGUGAGGUUUGGGGAAGAUGCUUUUCUUUUGGCUCUUGUGAUCGGUUCACUUGUUUGUCGGUCAACACGGUCUUCUAGGCAGGACCUGAAUUUUAAUGUGGAAGAAAAUAAAUAGGUUUCUGUUCAUACAACCAGAAACUUUGUAGACCUGUUCUGUAUAUUAUGAAUACAAAGAAUGUGGACUCUUCCCCACGCUUCCCUCCCUCCCCAUCUUGCAUUGAGCCUUCCCAGUUCACGUACUUGGAGUAUUUUCAGUUAGUCCACAGCCAAAGGAACUGCAUUUGUCACUGAAUAUCCAAAUACAGAAACUGAGGCACCUAUAAGCCACAAGGCUAAAAUAUUCAUGUGCAAUGGUUUUUUUGUGGGUGAUUUGUACGUACGAGGUGGAUAAGAAUGGAGUAACCUUUAGUCCAUUUCUAGCCGUUCAAAGACUUACUGCUCUGUAAUAUGUUGAAUUUCCAUUAUUUCUACUGGAUUUUUUUCUAGAUUUCUGUUUCUUCUUGAGUUCCUAACACACUAGGCAGUUCUGUUGCCUUGCAAACUGUGUGUGUGGCUUUAGAGUUGGUCUUUUAUAAAUUCAGUGGAAAAAAAAAAAAAACACCCAAACAACAAAUUCCUUAUCUUUAUCUUAGGGAGAAACCGAUGCUCAAAUGAGUAUUCAAACUCAUUCACAUCCUAAAUGUCAACUAUGUUACCCAGCAGGAUUUGAUCUCUCCCACUUUCUAGAAGUUUACCAGGAUUUCUUCAGAGCAAGGCAGGCAGCCUUCAUAAAAUCCUGCUAUCUAGUUUGCAUGGCCUUGGACUUCACAGAAAUCUCGGUGCCUCGGUAAGGUCUGUGGUCUGUUUACAUAGAUAUCAAGUCCUUUAACCCAGCAAGAUUUGCUGUGGGCUAGGAUUUCCUGCUUACAAGCUCAGCUGGAGUCCCUCUAGUCUUCCUGCUGGCAAAAUGAAGGUGUUAACUCAGGUUUUGAGUGCAUUUUGUGAAUGGAAGGAGGUUUUUUUUGCUGUUUUUUUUUUUCUUUUUUUCCUUUGGUCUGAGUACUGCUGUGCCUGUCGUUUAGAAUGCCUUUCCCCGUACCUUUGCUUGUCUUGUUAUGUUUUUCUUCUUCUGUUUUAAUUCUUUUGGAACUGGAUAUUCAUUUUGGCAGGACUGUGCAAGCACAGAGUUUGGGAUUGCAGAUCUUGACUAAUUGGAGCAAAAAAAAACCUCCAAACACAUCUGUUGGGAGAAUUUGGAAGUUUCCUUUAAGACCAGGACAUCUUACAAACACUGGCUAACUCUGUAGCAACAGCAAGACAUGAGAUGAUAUUUAAAGGUGUGCUGAAUCCAAAUUAACUGUCUCAAUAUUGUCUUUAAGACGAGCAUCGUUCAUAUUUUUUUUUUUCAGAAAUGGGGUUGCAUUUUCUGUCUGCAUUCUUGCCUUUAGGCCUGUCUACCUGCUGUUCACAUGCCUGUGAGCGGUUCUUUCUCUGGCACAGCUGGCUUUUGAGGAGCCUGGCUGCUGGACCCUGCACCAGUCCUUCCUUCGUGCCAGUGCUGCCUGAGCAGCUGGAUGCUGAAAUGGAUCAAGGGACCAAUCAAGGGCUAUAAGUAGCCUGGCCAAAAAAAAAAAAAAAAAAAGUUAUAUUUAGCCUGGAUCAGUUUGCCAAAGUAGUUUGGUGUUUGGCCAGGCAUGCGGUGGUACUGGCACAUCAGACAGCGUGGUGCAGGGGUGGAAGUCAAUCUUGGUAGCUGCAGUCUUUUCAGCUGGCAUUGCUGCCAAAAGGAACGCUCACCUAACUGUACCCCUAAGAGUCUGCUAAACUUGCUAAAUGUUAUUUACACCUAUUUGUUACAGCUUCUCUUGCCUGAGAAUGAUUCCUUCAGCUCAUCCUUUCUGCCAAAAGUGUUUCUCAUCCCCAAACGUGUGUGCUGCGUAUGAAAAGAGAAGCCACGGUUAAGUGUUAGUGGGGGCAAAAAGGGAAGCGUGGCUGUUGAGCUAUGGAGAAUUUUCUGCUGCUUCAUGGCCGUCUGAUGAUACAGAACAUGUAGUGUAAAUUGCUGAUAGAAUAUUUAGCGUGGUUGCAAUUAAGCAGCGAAACUCACGCUGUGAGAAUCAUCAGGAGCAAGAAUUCAACAAGAGUUAAAAGGAUCAGAUGUCUGUAGGAAUAUGAAGAAUAUUCAAUUAUCAUAAUCAGUGACAGUAAAAAUUUUGGAAGAAGUAUUAAGCCUGUGGUCUAAACCUUGAUUUUAUUCUGCUCUAACAGAUGUGCUUCUAUAUUGGGAAAAGAGGGGGAGGGCAGGGGUUGUUUUGCCUGCUUUUACCAUGGCGGUCUUGCACGCUUCUCUGGAAACUUUGAUUGGUACCAGAAUUGGAGAUGUGCCUGUAAAUUGCAUGGGUUCUGGUUUUAUCUUGGUGACCCUCCUGAAAUCUGGUCUGAGAUUCUAAACCGUGACCAUGGUGGAAAGUGACCUGCUGCUCCCUGAGUUAUGUUUGCUUCACUCCUGUUUCUGUGAGUUGUUCCCCAGAGCUUUGUUUUUUUUCUUCUUUGAUGACACUCGCUAAAUUCAUUUUAAAGGCUGUUAGGAAAUUGCAGUCUACUGUAUUUUAAGAAUGAGUCUUAUCUGUUUCAGGUAGCUGAACAUGCUCCAAGAUCCCUUGUUUUUCAGAGAGACUUAAAAUCAGAGAUGUGCUGUUCCUUGCUUGGCCUCGAAGAAGGAGCUUGUGGAAUAGGGAACGGAGAUGAGAAGUGUCACUGUAAGGUGAUCAUUGCUUGUGAGAGGAGUGGUUUGCACCUCAUGGCCUCCACAAUGAGUACUGCUGUGUCGUGACGCCAGGGGUCUUGUGUGCCCUGGAGAUGCGAGACUUCCCCUGGGCAGCAGGAGGCACGCGUCUAGAGAAUGCUGGAGCUGCAGGAGGGAAGCACCCCGUGCAAAACCAGAGAGGAGCAAAGAGAAAAAAGGCAAGCAGACAGACAGCACUGAGAGAAGCGGGUGGCAGAAAGUGCUACAGAGCUGCCUCUGGCGGCACAGUCCCCAGAGGAACUUGACGAGAGCCCAUCUGCGUGCGUGUGAGACAGCUCAGGAUUUCUGUCAAUGCAUUCCAGUAACCCCAAAGUGAGGAACUCCCCGUCAGGCAACACACAGAGUAGCCCCAAAUCAAAGCAGGAGGUGAUGGUCCGUCCCCCUACAGUGAUGUCCCCAUCUGGCAACCCCCAGCUGGAUUCCAAGUUUUCCAACCAGGGCAAACAAGGGGGCUCGACCAGUCAAUCCCAGCCCUCUCCCUGUGACCCCAAAAGUGGAGGUCAUCCCCCGAAAGUGCUCCCUGGCCCAGGUGGGAGCAUGGGGCUGAAGAAUGGGGCUGGAAAUGGUGCCAAGGGGAAGGGAAAGAGAGAGAGAAGCAUUUCAGCAGACUCCUUUGAACAGAGGGAAGCUGGGACUCCUAAUGACGACCCUGAAAUCAAAGACUGCAAUUCUGCUGAUCAUGUGAAGUCCCAGGAUUCUCAGCACACACCGCACUCCAUGACACCUUCAAAUGCUUCAGCCCCAAGGUCUUCCACACCUUCCCAUGGCCUGACUGCUGCUUUGGAACCAGCAAGUGGGCAGAAGACUCCAUCCAAAGUGGUUUAUGUCUUUUCUACUGAGAUGGCCAACAAGGCUGCAGAAGCCGUGCUGAAGGGACAGGUGGAAACCAUUGUGUCCUUUCAUAUCCAAAACAUCUCAAACAGCAAGGUGGAACGAAACACUGUACCCUUGAACCCCCAGAUCAAUGCACUUCGGACUGAACCCAAACCCCUGCCGCAGCCACAGCCCCCUACUGCCCAGGACCAGAACCCUCCUCAGAACGCCAAAAUGCAGCCAACUGCACCUGUGUCAGCACCAGUAUCCAAAUCCACUGGUCCCCCGUGUCCCAUAGACCAGGACAGUCCCAGUGUGGAAAGCAAAGUGAUGUCUGUGGGCAGCCCUGCCAACUCGACCCCGCUGCAGACAGAAGGAUUUGGGCAGAGUUCAACCCCCAAUAAUCGAGCAGUUAGCCCCGUUUCCCAAGGUAGCAAUAGCUCUGCUGCAGACCCCAAAGGUCCUCCCCAGCAGGUGUCUGGUGGGGACCCAUCCAGUUUGGGUGAGAAUCCAGAUGGACUGUCGCAGGAGCAGCUGGAACAUCGAGAGCGCUCUUUGCAGACCCUGAGAGACAUACAGCGCAUGCUCUUCCCUGAUGAGAAGGAGUUUGCUGGAGGGCAAAGCGGAGGGCCACCUGCAAAUUCUGGGGUGAUGGAUGGGCCCCAAAAGAAACCUGAAGGGCCAAUACAGGCCAUGAUGGCGCAAUCCCAAAGUUUAGGCAAAGGGUCAGGGUCUCGGACAGAUGGAGGGGCUCCGUUUGGCCCUCAAGGACACAGGGACAUGCCCUUUUCCCCAGAUGAAAUGGGGCCACCACCAAUGAACUCCCAGUCGGGACCUAUAGGCCCAGACCACCUGGACCACAUGACUCCUGAGCAGGUGGCCUGGCUCAAGCUGCAGCAGGAGUUCUACGAGGAGAAGAGAAGGAAACAAGAGCAGGUUGUUGUGCAGCAGUGUUCCCUGCAGGACAUGAUGGUCCAUCAGCACGGGCCUCGUGGGGUUGUCCGAGGCCCCCCUCCUCCCUACCAGAUGACCCCCGGGGAAGGCUGGGGACCUGGGGGUCCAGAGCCCUUCCCUGAAGGCAUGAACAUGUCACACUCUCUGCCCCCCAGGGGUAUGGCCCCUCAUCCUAAUAUGCCUGGGAGCCAGAUGCGCCUGCCUGGUUUUGCGGGAAUGAUGAACCCUGACAUGGAGGGCCCCAGUGUCCCAAAUCCUGCCUCUCGGCCAGGGCUUUCAGGAGUCAAUUGGCCAGACGACGUGCCAAAAAUCCCAGAUGGCCGAAACUUCCCUCCUGGCCAGGGUGUCUUCAGUGGCCCUGGCCGAGGGGAGCGGUUCCCCAACCCGCAGGGCCUGCCGGAAGAGAUCUAUCAGCAGCAGCUGGCUGAGAAACAGAUGGGCCUCCCUCCUGGCCUCAACAUGGAAGGCAUCAGGCCUGGCAUGGAGAUCAACAGAAUGAUCGCCUCCCAGAGACACAUGGAGCCUGGGAAUAACCCCAUCUUCCCUCGCAUGCCAGUGGAAGGGCCGAUGAGCCCCUCCAGGGGGGACUUCCCAAAAGGAAUGCCCCCCCAAAUGGGCUCUGGCAGGGAGCUGGAGUUUGGGAUGGGCCCUGGUGGCAUGAAGGGGGACAUGGGCAUGAAUGUCAGCAUGGGCUCCAACCCACCCCUGGUACCUCAGAAGUUGAGGGAGGCGGGAGUCGGACCGGAAGAGAUGAUGAAACUGCGACCGGGUGUCUCGGAGAUGCUCUCCUCUCAGCAGAAGAUGGUGCCGCUGCCGUUUGGGGAGCACCCGCAGCAGGAGUAUGGCAUGGGUCCCAGGCCUUUCCUUCCCAUGUCUCAGGGCCCGGCAGUUGGUCUCCGAAACCUCAGAGAACAGAUAGGGCCUGACCAAAGGACUAACAACCGGCUCAGCCACAUGCCGCCACUACCUCUCAAUCCCACCAGUAACCCUAAUAGCCUCAACACUGCUCCCCCUGCGCAGCGCAGCCUGGGCCGCAAGCCCUUGGAUAUCUCCGCAGCCGGUCAGGUGCAUUCUCCAGGAAUCAAUCCUCUGAAGUCUCCCACCAUGCGCCAGGUCCAGUCUCCCAUGAUGGGGUCUCCCUCGGGGAACCUCAAGUCUCCUCAGACGCCCUCCCAGCUGGCAGGAAUGCUCGCAGGCCCCACCGCCGCAGCUGCCGCUGCUUCCAUCAAGUCCCCCCCGGUCUUGGGGUCUGCUGCUGCUUCUCCUGUCCACCUCAAGUCCCCGUCUCUCCCCGCACCUUCUCCAGGAUGGACUUCGUCUCCGAAGCCUCCUUUGCAGAGCCCUGGCAUCCCCCCGAAUCACAAGGCGUCUCUCACCAUGUCUUCUCCAGCCAUGCUGGGGAACGUGGAGUCGGGUGGUCCACCUCCUUCCACCGUCAGCCAGCCUGCUCCUGUGACUCUCCCUGGAAAUCUUCCCUCUAGCAGUCCUUACACAAUGCCUCCAGAGCCGACCCUCUCCCAAAAUCCUCUCUCCAUUAUGAUGUCCAGGAUGUCCAAAUUUGCCAUGCCCAGCUCAACACCGCUCUAUCACGAUGCCAUCAAAACUGUGGCCAGUUCAGAUGAUGACUCCCCUCCUGCACGCUCCCCAAACUUGCCUCCUAUGAACAGUGUACCAGGAAUGGGCAUUAAUUCUCAGAAUCCUCGAAUUUCAGGUCCAAACCCAGUGGGUCCAAUGCCAACCCUUAGCCCCAUGGGAAUGACCCAGCCUCUUUCCCAUAACAACCAGAUGCCCUCUCCAAAUGCUAUGGGACCCAAUAUACCUCCUCAUGGGGUCCCCGUGGGACCCGGCCUGAUGUCACACAACCCAAUGAUGGGGCACGGUUCCCAAGAGUCUCCAAUGGUACCUCAAGGACGCCUGGGCUUCCCACAGGGGUUCCCUCCUGUACAGUCUCCUCCACAGCAGGUGCCCUUCCCACACAACGGGCCCAGCGGUGGACAAGGCAACUUCCCAGCGGGAAUGGGUUUCCAUGGAGAAGGACCUCUGGGGCGUCCCACCAACCUGCCCCAAAGUUCGACAGAUCCAGCACUUUGCAAGACUGGAGGCCCUGGUGGUCCAGACUCCUUCACUGUUCUCGGAAACAAUAUGCCUUCGGUUUUCACUGACCCAGAGCUGCAGGAGGUGAUCCGUCCUGGAGCCACGGGAAUACCUGAGUUUGACCUGUCCCGGAUUAUCCCGUCGGAGAAGCCCAGCCAGACGCUACAGUAUUUCCCUCGCGGAGAGGUGCCAGGCCGCAAGCAACCGCAGGGCCCCGGGCCCGGGUUCUCCCACAUGCAGGGAAUGAUUGGAGAGCAGACCCCGCGGAUGGGACUAACGUUGCCUGGCAUGGGGGGCCCCGGGCCAGUGGGAACUCCGGAUAUCCCCCUUGGGACGGCUCCGUCCAUGCCGGGUCACAACCCGAUGAGACCGCCGGCCUUUCUGCAGCAAGGCAUGAUGGGGCCGCACCAUCGCAUGAUGUCACCAGCACAAACAGCAAUGCCUGGCCAGCCUGCGCUAAUGAGCAACCCUGUGGCUGCCGUGGGCAUGAUCCCAGGCAAGGACCGAGCCCCCGCCGGGCUGUACAGCCACCCGGGCCCUGUGGGGUCACCUGGGAUGAUGAUGUCAAUGCAGGGCAUGAUGGGACCCCAGCAAAACAUCAUGAUUCCCCCCCAGAUGAGGCCCCGAGGUAUGGCUGCUGAUGUUGGCAUGGGAGGAUUUAGCCAAGGCCCUGGAAACCCAGGGAACAUGAUGUUUUAAGCUGCUACCGUAAGACUGGAUGUUCCGAUCCUUGUCAAGAUGAGAUUCCAAGUCCUGAGGGCUUUUUUGGGAGCUUCAGGAGUACAGUUUGGCCAUGCAAUAGGUGAAAAGAGACCAGAGAACACUUUGGGAAAUCUCGAAUGUAUGGAAUUACCUGAAAAAAAAAUUAUUCAUUUUAACAGGUUGGUUUUUUUUUUUUUUUCUUUUUUUUUUUUUUAAGAUUUAUUUUUUAAAAAUUAUUUUUGUGGACUUGGGUAUCCCGUGAUGGCACCUGCUUUGAGAAUCUGUAGCUGUAUUUUGAGAAUUGCCAUUUGUCACAAGUUGCACCAUUCUCUGUAUGUUUACGUCCUUUGGACUGGCUUCUCCCAGGACUCUCAGUUAUUUUGUUUUUUUUUUUUUUUUUUUUUUUUGUGUACUGUACUAUAUUGUAAAAGGGAUUUUAGCAGAGACUUUAGUCUUUGGGGUGAGAGGAGAAUGGGAUUCUAGGCUGUUUACUUUAGGUGGAGAAUCCAUCUUCAGAACUUCGGACUAUUUUCCUUCAACUCCAAUGUAUAGAAAAACCAAACUACGACCUCAGAGCAGAGUAUUAAUGAAAAGCACAAAAAGGAACUUAAGUUCAGUGAGGGGAAUCUUUUAAAAGAAAUAAAUAAUAAGUUAAGGACAUAUUUUUCAAAUUAUGGCGUGCUGUCCAGCACCUUCUGUCUCUCCCUCCCACUCUUUUAUUAAAUAGGCUUCUCUCUCUCUCCGUCCCCCUUCUAUCUCCUCCUAUGGCAGCUGCAAUACAUUGUGUUAUUUUGGGGGGUAAAUCUAGGUGCGCCUCUCCUCACGUGGGGACUCUUCCCACUUCUAGGAAGGGGCUGGACUUGGACACUGUUACAUUCUACAGUAGUCUCUCUCACUGUUUCCUAUUCUCCUUUUCUUAGAAACCCCAAGUGAUUUUAUUAAUGUGGGAGUGGAACAGACACUAAAAGUUAUCCAGAAUUUUUUUUGUGGUUAUUUUUUUUUUUUUUUUUUCCUCCCCAGCGUAAAACGUUCUGUGUAACCUCCAUUAAAUUUGGUACAAAACCACUCGCCAGGGCUGUGGUGUCAGAAAAAUAAAAUAUAUUGUUUCUUACAAA